UUUUCUUUCAGUUUCAUUAUGAGACUGCAGCUAUUUGUGGAAGAAUUUGUUGCAUAGUCCUCUAAACCCCCAAAGAAGCAACUUGUCUCCAAGAGCUCAAUAAUGGUGUCUCAAAACGUGGGUAUCUUCUCAAGGGAUGGAGAGAGCUGCUACAGUUGGUUGGUCACAUACCUCUUGACAUUUCUAGCACUAGGGGACGUCCAUCCUGUUUACAUCACCAAUAACAACUACCAUAGUGUGAGAGAAAAUAUAUCAUUAUGCAACUUUGCCAUUUUGUAUCACACAAAGAGAAGAGGAAGAGUUAAUAUCACUGAUGUAACAGACUCUCUGUAUGAGGAUGAACUAAAUAUGUUAUCACGUUCACUAGGAAAAGAGAACGUUAUUGUGGUAAUCGAUGACUUGGAUGACAGCGGUUCUGUAGUGAAGGAGACGAUUCUGCAGAACCAGCCCAGCAUCAGGAGACUGACCCAGGACCUCUUCCUAUUCAGUGUGCAGGAUAAACAGUAUAUAAAUGUAGAUAACCAUGGAGUGAUGACUGAUAAGCUGAAUCCUAUAAAGCUGCUCAUCAAAAAAACAGCUGGCUGGGAAGAAACACACAUCGUUAUCCAAGGAUAUCAGGAGUCAAAGAUACGAGAGAAAUUAUGGGAGCCAAAGAUACAAGAGAAAUUAUGGUGUGGAUUAAACAGGAUUGUCGUUGCAUUAAUUCUCUUUUUUAUUGUUGUUAUGAUUUUAAUUAUAUUGAUGUGGAAAGUGUAAUUAUUUUGUGUCAUAUAUUACAGAUCCCUUUAGUAUAAAUCAGUAUUAUUCUUUCAUUAUCUCUCAAUAUCUGCUUUAUCCUCACUUUCUCUCUGUUGAUAUGUGAUAUUCUGCAGCUGUCUUUUUUCCUUAAUCUUGUCAUUUUUGUAUGUGAUGUUCCAGCCUUGUUAAUAUUAGCUUUAAAGGGAUAUUAAACACCACAGGAUAUUAAUGCAAACUGUUUAAUUCCAUUUAGUAAAACAACUUUGUAAUACA